CCGUUCCUUGGGUCUGCGGUAAACCUUCGACAGCCGUCGCUGUUUGUGCUGCGUUGUGAUAAAAGCUGCUCAUCUGGGAAAAAAUGGGUGAUUUUAUGCCUGGCCGAAUAUGCGGAGGUACUUCUGAAGUCAAGCCUGCCACUCCUGAAAUUCAAAGUUUGUGCGAUCAGAUCAGAGCUGCUGCAGAAGAGAAAGCUGGGAGGAAGUUUUCAGAUUUCAAAGCCGUUUUCUUUCGCAGUCAGUGUGUUCAAGGAGCAAACUACUUUGUUAAGGUUGCUGAUGGUGAUGAAUGUGUACAUGUACGUAUAUAUAAGAAACUUCCUUGUUAUGGGGGAGAAAUAAGUCUCGAUGGCAUCCAGACAUCAAAGACCCAUGAGGACCCAUUGGUUUACUUUUAACUGUAAGCCUUUAACUUCCUGUCCAGCUGUAUGAAUCCAUAUAAUGAAGAAAAGGUUUCUGCUGACAAAAUAAUCUACCAUUGAGAACAGACUGCAUUGGCUUUCAUUUCUUUAGAAAAUGCAAGCCAUCAGCAUAGCAUGCUGUAAUGGUGUCUUAAACAUGUUCUUUUUCUCUAAACAGUACAGAAAAUGUAUAUUUUAUAGUGUAUAUAGUUUUACAUUUGUGUUAAGCUCAUUAUAUUGUAAACUGUGUUCUGAAUAUAUCUUUGAAAUAAAAAUGCAUUUUGGUA